AUGGUGACUUCCAGUGAUCAUUCUUCAAGUUCCUCUGAGGAAUAUUCCGAUACGUCCAAGCCAGAGAUGAAAAGCUCUGCAGAUGCGCGCGCCGAGGUAGCUCAGUCUCUAAGAGAUGCUGGAAAGCUGAUAAACAACAUGUCUCUGGAUCAUCUGAAAGUUACUCGUGAUAGGUUUUCAAAGAGAGAAGCCGAAGAUGAAAAACUUGCAGCUUAUCAAAAACGGCGUCGACUUCAGCAGACAAAGCUAGCAGCUGAGGACGAAAUUCAAUCUCGUGCUGACGGUCCUAGAAAACGUAGAAUUAGGCCAUAUCCACUUGGUAGAGAAACUGAGCGAUUGGCUAAGGAUGAUUUUCGAGCCGAAUGCGAAGAAGAUGAAUAUUUAGAUGCAAUAUAUGGCGAUCCUGAGGAUCAGUUGGAAGAAGUCCCCAGUGAAAAUUCUGACAACGACUCCGAGGAAGAGCUUGAAGAAGAUUCCAUAGAGGACGAUGAUCAUGAAGAUGACGAAUCUGAUAAAGCCGAUGAUUAG